AUGCCAGUGGGCCGAUGGAAAAAGCAACGAGUUGUCGAAUCAGAUGGCAUCGACAACGAUGAACCAGCGACAUCAGUCCAACCUCAGGCUCCCUGUCACCGUACAAACCGACCUGGCGCUGGCGCUGGAGGAAGAAAUUCCCAGCUAGAGAAGAUUGGGAAUGCCAUCCAAACUCCAGCCAGAGCACCCAGUGGCAAAUCGAAGGUUCGGAAUGUUAUUGUUCCCAUUGAUGAGCCCGAAAAUGUGAUGGCUCCGCUAGUGACAAAGAAGAAGGGGAGAGGAAAAGCGGCACCUCGCCAGCUUGAGAGGAACUUGAGUGUGAUACAGGAGGCAUCCGAGUCAGGCCCCACUGCCACAAGUCCCACACCUGCUCUACACGUCACGGACCAAGGAAGGUUUGGAUUUCAGGAUCGUCCAAUUCCCUCAGCAUAUGUCAGUUCCAAACUGCUCCAGCCCCAUCAAACAGAACUUCAUCCUGACUCAACGACACCCCCUGCCCAGCCCUAUGUCCAUGAUCGCAGUACCUCUCAGGGUGCUUCUUGCAGUACUUCUCGUGGCGCUUCUCGCGGUGCUUCUCGUGGCACCUCUCAUGUUCCUCGGUCUGUCAGCGACCAACGCUCACACUCAUCUAUUCCCAUCAACUCUGCCGUUCAGCGUGAGCCAUUGACCACCAUAACACCCCAUUGCACCAUUUCUCGUACUCCUCCCGCUUUUGGUUCCACUAGCCAGAACAUGUUUGUUGAUGAAACUGAAGAAGGUAAUAAAGAGGCAGAUCAUGAUGAAGAAGUGGACGUUGAAGAGGAUGACAUGUCUAACGAGGAUGGAGAUUUUGCAGGAGACGACAUCAAUAAUAACAUUAUGGACUAUGACUUGGAGCAGGAUGUUCACAGGAGUGAUGACAUCAUGCCAGACCCCUCAGACCACAAUAAUCAAACCUACCCUAGCAACAACCAAGUCAGACACCCUGCGCAAGUACCUGAUCAAGGUGCACAUUCGCAGGACGAGGAUUAUGAUGACACGGGAGUGGCUGACAUGGACCAUGAUCAUUGGAACGAUUGCACCACUAGCAGGAAGGGUAGAGACCAGAACAUCAACGUAGCCCAGGCACUAAUGCAAGCGAUCCUGCAGAGCACUAACCAAUGA